GCGUCGUUGCGUGGCGUGGCCUUAGAGCCUGUUUACAUCCGAAAACAUUUUUUGUCGACAUGCCGCGGGUGUAUAUCGGACGGUUGAGUUAUCAUGUCCGAGAAAAGGACAUUCAGAGGUUUUUCAGUGGUUACGGAAAACUUCUCGAAGUCGACCUGAAAAAUGGGUAUGGGUUUGUGGAGUUCGAGGACACCCGAGAUGCAGAUGAUGCCGUGUACGAGCUGAAUGGGAAAGAACUGUGUGGGGAACGAGUGAUGGUUGAACAUGCCAGGGGACCACGCAGGGACAGAGAUGGAUACGGUGGUUAUUACGGAGGCGGAGGGCGCAGUGGUUACAGCAGCCGCAGCCGCUCAGGCAGGGAUAAGUACGGACCCCCUGUUCGUACCGAAUAUCGUCUGAUUGUGGAGAACUUGUCCAGUCGCUGCAGCUGGCAGGACCUGAAGGACUUCAUGCGGCAAGCAGGAGAAGUAACCUAUGCGGACGCCCACAAGGAAAGGACUAACGAGGGGGUCAUCGAGUUCCGCACCCAUUCCGACAUGCGCAGGGCCCUGGAGAAACUGGAUGGCACCGACAUCAACGGCAGGAAGAUCCGCUUGAUUGAAGACAAGCCGCGUCGCCGUCGUUCCUAUUCUGGCAGCCGUUCCAGGUCUCGUAGCCGGCGCCGUUCCCGUAGUAGGAGUCGCCGUAGCAGCCGUUCCCGCAGCCGCUCCCGAUCACACUCAAGGUCCCGUUCCCGAAGGCGUCAUUCCCGCUCCAGGUCUGGGCGUAAGUCUCGCUCCAGGUCUGGACGCAAGUCUCGCUCCAAGUCGGCGUCUCGUAAGUCACGCUCUCGCACUCGGAAAUCUCGAUCUCGCUCCCGCACACGCAAGUCCCGAAGCCGUUCCACCAGCCGCAAGUCCCGCUCUCGCUCCGACGACAGGAAGUCCCGAUCCAAGAGUCGUUCCAAGGUUAAAUCCGAGCGGGAUUCCCGAAGCCGUUCCAAGGAGAAAUCCACCAGCAAAAAAUCCCGGAGCAGGUCUGCUUCACCAAUGGAAAACGGGAAGGAAGAACGGGCAAAGUCUGCCUCUCGCUCUCCCUCCCCCCAGGCCGAAAAAAGCAGGUCCAAGUCUCCAGAUCGGCAUUCCCGCUCUCGCUCCAAAUCCGGCUCUCGCUCUAAAUCUCGCUCCCGUUCCAGAUCUGCUUCUCAAGAUUAGGAUCUCAUUGAGUAUGUCUAGGCUAUCUCAUUUACAGAGGGCCAGUGUGUGUGUGUGAAAGUUAGCUUCUCUAAGAUAAUAUUUCGAUGGGCUAUACUUUCAGCCUUUCAAUACCAGCUAGCAGAGCUUGACGCAAGCUCACAAAUACUUUAAAUCACUCAGUUAUGUGAGCAAGACCUAUGUUCACACUGGUUCUCUGGGAAUGAGAUUUCCUACCUCUCAUGUAUAGUCACAUACCCAGACUAGUCUUGACACCCUGUGUUGUGUGAGUGCUGUUUUAUGGAGUGAAUGGAAAGGGUCCCAGGCGCCUAAAAUUGGGUCAGUUUUAAUUUGGUUGUGUUCUCUAAACUGACUAUGUGAGCUUUGUGAACAGUCUAUUUUGAAUAUUUUAUACAUGGAAAGAACAAGGUAAAACUGAUCAACAACUUACCCCAAUGGUAUGUAAUGUGCAACCACAAAGGGUUUUUUGUUUCUGUUUUUUUUUUUUUUUUUUUGAAAAUAAAUGAAGAUUUUGAAUGUGUCCUCAAUGCCUAGUUCUAGCUGAUGCCUCAGAAUACCAUCCUUACAAUAUGCUUAGUCUUCAAGUGGAAAACAUCAUAUAGGUCUGCAAUUGAUAGAUGCAUUGGUUGUAUGUCCUGUGAUUUCAAAUCCGACCGCGCUUCACUUGUGAAAUUGUGAAUUCAUGCUUAACGAUAAUUUUUACUCAACGUUUUAUUAAAAGUUGUUACCUAAAUAUUUGUAUCACUUUUUGUUCCUCCUUAAACUGAUUUUUGUUUUAAGGACGGUAGGCAAAGUUUGCACCAUCUCUGUUGUCAGCGUUAAGUGAUUAAAUUUUUCCUGAACAA